UACAGACAUCAGAGAUCUCACACAGGGGAGAAGCCGUAUUCCUGUCCUGAGUGUGGGAAAUGUUUUUCAAACAAGUCGCAUCUUUACAGACAUCAGAGAUCUCACACGGGGGAGAAGCCGUAUUCCUGUCCUGAGUGUGGGAAAUGUUCAUCACCAAAGUCCUAUCUUCCUGUACAUCAGGGUCCAACCCAACCCUCAUGCCACGGUGAAGAUCUGAUGAACAUGAAAGUUGAGGGUGAAGUAGAAGAGACGGACGGUGCCGUCCUUCCAACACAUAGGAGGCUUUCCUGUACUGAGUGUGGGAAGUGUUUCAAUUUUAAAAGUUCUCUUGAUCUGCAUAUAAGAUCUCACACAGGUGAGAAGCCGUAUUCCUGUCCUGAGUGCGGACAAUGUUUUUCACAGAAGUCCAAUCUUUACACACAUCAGAGAUCUCACACGGGGGAGAAGCCGUACUCCUGUCCUGAGUGUGGGAAGUGUUUUUCACAUAAGUCUGAUCUUUACACACAUCAGAGAUUUCACACAGGGGAGAAUCCGUAUUCCUGCCCUGAGUGUGGGAAAUGUUUUUCAAGGAAGUCCAAUCUUUACACACAUCAGAGAUCUCACACGGGGGAGAAGCCGUAUUCCUGUCCUGAGUGCGGAAAGUGUUUUUCAUAUAUGUCUGAUCUUUACACACAUCAGAGAUCUCACACGGGGGAGAAGCCGUAUUCCUGUCCUGAGUGUGGGAAAUGUUUUUCACAGAAGUCCAAUCUUUACACACAUCAGAGAUCUCACACGGGGGAGAAGCCAUACUCCUGUCCUGAGUGCGGAAAGUGUUUUUCACAUAUGUCUGAUCUUUACAGACAUCAGAGAUCUCACACGGGGGAGAAGCCGUAUUCCUGUCCUGAGUGUGGGAAAUGUUUUUCAAGGAAGUCCAGUCUUUACACACAUCAGAGAUCUCACACGGGGGAGAAGCCGUUUUCCUGUCCUGAGUGCGGAAAGUGUUUUUCACAGAAGUCCAAUCUUUACACACAUCAGAGAUCUCACAGAGGGGAGAAGUCAUAUUCCUGUCCUGAGUGCGGGAAAUGUUUUUCUCUGAAGUCAAAUCUUUCCAAACAUCAGAGAGCUCACACGGGGGAGAAGUCGUUUUCCUGUCUGGAGUGUGGGAAAUGUUUUUCAAGGAAGUCCGAUCUUUACACACAUCAGCGAUCUCACACAGGGGAGAAGCCGUAUUCCUGUCCUGAGUGUGGGAAAUGUUUUUCAAGGAAGUCCAAUCUUUACACACAUCAGCGAUCUCACACAGGGGAGAAGCCGUAUUCCUGUCCUGAGUGCGGGAAAUGUUUUUCACAGAAGUCCAGUCUUAACGCACAUCAGAGAUCUCACACAGGGGAGAAGAGGCUUUCCUGUACUGAGUGCGGGAAAUGUUUCCCUUUUAAAUCCCAUCUUAAUGUGCAUAUAAGAUCUCACACAGGUGAGAAGCCAUAUUCCUGUCCUGAGUGCGGGAAAUGUUUUUCAAAGGAUUCUGGUCUUUACAGACAUCAGAGAUCUCACACGGGGGAGAAGCCGUACUCCUGUCCUGAGUGCAGAAAGUGUUUUUCAUAUAAGUCCGAUCUUUACACACAUCAGAGAUCUCACACGGGGGAGAAGCCGUAUUCCUGUCCUGAGUGUGGAAAAUGUUUUUCACAGAAGUCCAGUCUUUGCAGACAUCAGAGAUCUCACACAGGGGAGAAGCCGUAUUCCUGUCCUGAGUGUGAGAAAUGUUUUUCAAGGAAGUCCCAUCUUUACACACAUCAGAGAUCUCACACAGGGGAGAAGCCGUAUUCCUGUCCUGAGUGUGAGAAAUGUUUUUCAAGGAAGUCCCAUCUUUACAGACAUCAGAGAUCUCACAAAGGGGAGAAGCCAUAGUCC